UAGAAACACCAGUUCUAGAUUAUACAAUGCAACAAUACAGGUUAUUCGCUGUGAUCGCACAAGCUUACGCUGUUUAUUUUACUGGUGAAAUUAUUACUAAUUUAUACAAGCAAUACGAUGCGCAAAGUUCAAGCGGUGAUUUUUCAUUGCUUGCCAAUUUACACGCAUCCACCAGUGGUCUAAAAUCAUUGGUCUCUGCAAUGACCGUGGAUUCUAUCGAAGAUUGUCGAAGAGCAUGCGGUGGUCAUGGAUACUCAAAUUUCAGUGGAUUUACUAUGUUUUAUCAGGAUUAUUUACCCAAUCCUACUUGGGAAGGUGAUAAUUAUCUCUUAACCCACCAAACUGCGCGUUAUCUUUUUAAAACAUAUCGCGAGGUCAUUCACAGUAAACAUCAAAAUAAAGAAUUCACUUUACAAUACGACACAAACCCAACGAUCUUCUAUAUUCUCCGAUAUCUAAGUAACCCAAAUCAGAAAUGUACCGUCACUUCUCCAUCUGAUUUUAUGAAUCCUGAAGUUCAACUCGCAAUCUAUGGUUAUCGAGCAGCCAAUCUAAUCGCUCAAGCAGUUGACCAGAUUGACAACCAUCAAAAAAAUUCAAUUAACGAAAAAAGACGCAUUUUGCAUAAUAGCCCAGGCUUAAAAAAAGUUUUAACUUCAGUUUGUAAUUUAUUUGCAUUGCAUACUAUGGAAAAAGAACUUUCAGAAUUUUUGGAAUCAGAAUAUUUGUCACCGAAACAAGCAAGAAUGCUAAGAGUCCAGGUUUCUGAAUUGAUAAAAGAAAUUAGACCUAAUGCCGUUGCAUUGGUUGAUGCAUUUAAUUUACCUGAUUAUUUGUUGAAUUCGGCAUUAGGAAG